CCCUCGAAGAAAACCCUCGUGUUAAAAAAACACUACCCCCAAACUGAGGAUCAAAGAAACCCUAAAAAGUCCUCACAAAAUACCUUAAAAAAUCCCCGAAAAAUGUUUCGAAACCAGUACGACACGGACGUGACCACGUGGUCCCCCGCCGGCCGCCUGUUCCAGGUGGAGUACGAUGGAUUCCAGGUGGAGGAGGCGAUGGAGGCGGUGAAGCAAGGAAGCGCCGCCAUCGGGCUCCGAUCGAAGACCCACGUCGUGCUCGCCUCCGUCAACAAGGCCUCGUCGGAGCUCUCGUCGCAUCAGAAGAAGAUCUUCAAGGUCGACGAUCAUAUCGGGGUCGCGAUCGCGGGAUUGACCGCGGACGGUAGGGUUUUGUCGAGGUAUUUGAGGAAUGAGUGCAUCAAUCAUAAGUUUGUUUAUGAGGAUCCCCUGCCGGUUGGGAGAUUGGUCGUGCAGUUGGCUGAUAAGGCUCAGGUUUGCACACAACGCUCUUGGAAGAGGCCCUAUGGUGUAGGCCUCCUCGUUGCAGGUCUCGAUGAAUCUGGAGCUCAUCUUUACUACAACUGCCCAAGCGGAAACUACUUUGAAUACCAAGCAUUUGCCAUUGGAUCCCGCUCCCAAGCUGCAAAGACCUACCUUGAGAGAAAAUUCGGGAGCUUCUCUGAUUACACUCGUGAUGAACUAGUCAAAGAUGCGCUCUUUGCCAUCAAAGAGACAUUGCAAGGAGAGAAGCUAACGAGCUCCAUAUGCACCGUUGCUGUUCUUGGGGUUGGCGAAUCAUUCCAUGUGAUCGAUCAGGGCACUAUUCAGCGGUUGAUCGAUUCUCAAGAGAUCGGGGAUGAACCUGCUGCAGCUGCUGGUGAUGCUCCUGCAGCUGAUGCUGCUGGUGAAGAACGAGGUGGAGCUCAGGAGGGAGAGGCUGCACCAAUGGAUAUCUGAGGUUUCUAUGAUUAUGUGGUUCGAUGUACGUCCGGUUAUGAAUUUCUAUGCUUGUUUCCUGACAACAUGAACAUUAGUCUGAAAAUCCAGUUGAUAGGAACAUUGUGGUUUAUUUUGGAGGAAAGGGGGAAACUUGUGGCUCUUAAAAUGGGUGAUUUCUUUUGGGAAAUCCGCUGAUGUGUUAUAAUGGGAUUGUGAUGUUUGUUAUUUCGAACUCAAUAUGAUUGAAAUUGUUAGCCUCGGCCUCGGAAGUUUGAACCAA